AAACAUACUGCUUUUGCUACCUUUCCCAGUGAAAAUGCAGCUGUGAAGGCAUUGUCAAGACUGCAUCAGUUGAAACUUCUAGGUCACACCUUAGUUGUUGAAUUUGCAAAGGAGCAAGAUAGUGUGCAGGUACUUAGCCAGCCUUCUUUCUCAGAGAAGUGUAAAAGUUCAGAAGAACCAGUGAAAGAAGAAGAGAAGAAAGAACCAAGCUGUGUUAAAAUAGAGAAUGGAAUUGCACCCAACCAUGGCCUCACCUUUCCUAUCAAUUCUUGCCUCAAAUAUUUGUACCCACCACCUUCAAGUACAAUCCUAGCAAAUAUAGCAAAUGCCUUGGCAAGCGUGCCCAAAUUUUAUGUCCAGGUACUUCAUCUUAUGAAUAAAAUGAAUCUUCCACCACCUUUUGGACCAAUUACUGCUCGCCCUCCAAUGUAUGAAGAGUAUUUACCAGUGCCUGUGCCACCUCCCCCAAUCCCACCUCUGCCUCCUGAAGAACCUCCUUUGCCUGAAGAAGAGGAGCAGCUAUCUAGUGGAGAUGAAUCAGAGUAUGAAAGCGAUAAUGAGGAGGAAAAGGAGAGAAUGACCAAGUUGAUGGAAUUGGCAACCCUUCAGCCUAAAAGACCAAUAAACACAAAGAGGCGUGGUGUUAGAAAAAAGCAAAGAAUUAAAGACUUACUGAAUGUUCCUGUGUGUACUCCCCACAGUAAUUUGCACGCUGCACUGUCACCUUCAGAUGUCUUUGAGCAGCCACAUCAUGUAGGUCAUAAAAAAAUUGAGUUCCAUAUUACUACUGACAUCCCAGCUGUUCUUCAGAUAAACUCAGAAAAAGAAGAAAAAAAUGACCUUUAUGCAACCACAGAACAAAUCAAUAAUACAGGCUUUGGAAGGAUCUUCCCAGCUCCUAGCCCAAAUGAUAAAAUGGAAACUGAAGAGGAGGAAGAUGAAAUACCAUCGGAAUUUAUUUCUAGAAGGGAUCUAGAGAAAAACAGACUUUCUAGAGAAGAAAUGGAAAAAUUUUCUGUUUUCAAAAACUAUGAGCCAGGUGAUCCAACUUGCAGGAUAUAUGUGAAGAAUUUAGCUAAACAAGUACAAGAAAAGGAUCUCAAAUUCAUUUUUGGAAGAUAUGUUGACUUCCAGUCAGAAGUGGAACGAAAUAUGUUUGAUAUUCGUUUGAUGAAAGAAGGCCGUAUGAAAGGACAGGCUUUCAUUGGACUUCCUAAUGAAAAAGCAGCUUCUAAAGCUUUAAAAGAAGCAAACGGAUAUGUCUUAUUUGAAAAACCCAUGGUGGUUCAAUUUGCUCGUUCAGCUAGACCAAAACAGGAUGCCAAUGAAGGGAAAAGAAAAAAGUAG